CAAGCGCAAGCGAACAAUGAAAGAGCUGGCUCGUUGUGUCAAAGGAGUGGCGAACUGUUGUGAACGCUGUUGGAAAACGAAGUCCUCAAGUAACGGACCCAUCUCGCCUGUUACACAUUAAACUAAAUGAAGCCGCCGAGUGAAUGGGUUUACAGGUGAAAGAACAUGUAGUUUCACCCGCAUACUGAAAGGAGCACUGUCAACGAAAGGACCUGCAUGUAACAGUGAGAUGCUUAUUUGGGUCAGGCAGACCCCUAGAAGAGCAGAAGAUAAACACGCACCCGCCUCCCACUGUCUCGCAGGUUGAGACGGUGUAUGCUCUCCACAGAAGAAUAUAACAGAAUUGGAGAACCUUUUUUCACGGCUUCAGCUGCAAAAGGCAUCCCUUCAUCUCUGACGAGCCAGGAGCUAAUUAUCUACCUUGCCAAAGAACAGCCUGAAACAUAGACGCGCCUUUACGCACGAAAACAACAAACAACAAACGGACACUGAAACGAAACGGAGUGUUUACGUUUUUGAGACAGAUUAUAGAACAGGUUUUCAUCAGAAGCCCAGAUAAAUUGUCGAAGUUCUGCAACACUUGGAAGGAAAACUCAUGUAGUAUGUUUGUGUCAUUUGCUUUUCUCUCCAAGUCCAAUUCUAAUUGAUCAGAAGAGCAUCCAUUCUGUUAAUUGCCAUUGGCACUGGUGGAUCAAUCGGUCAGAGGCGGAGCGCAGGUGCUCUGCUUGCUGCGCGAUGCAGGACCAUGGAGAAGAGAGACAGGUAGCCCGCAGCCUGCCACACAGCGUCAAGGCCAGCCUGUCUCUGUCCCCGUCCGGGCGCGGGGGCAGCGGAGGGUCACCCUCCUCCAAGGUGGGCUACAGUGGCGGGGUACCGGUCGAGGACAUGCAGGCCCUGGCCAUCACCACCCUGUCGGCCGCGGACGUAGCCAAGCACUACGAGCACAUCCGCGAACUGGGCAAGGGCACCUAUGGGAAGGUGGACUUGGUGGCACACCGCACACAGGGCACCAAAAUGGCUCUAAAGUUUGUCACCAAGAACAAGACAAAGCUCAAAAGCUUCCUGAGAGAGUUCAGCCUCACCGGCACCCUGGGCUGCAGUCCCUUCAUCAUCAAGGUGCUGGACGUCCUCUUCGAGACGGAGGACAGCUACGUGUUUGGACAGGAGUACGCCCCCGCCGGAGACCUGUUUGACAUUAUCCCCCCCCAGGUGGGUCUUCCAGAGGAGAUGGUUAAGCGCUGUAUGCAGCAGUUGGGUCUGGCUCUGGACUUCAUGCACAGUAAGAGCCUGGUACACCGCGACGUCAAGCCCGAGAACGUGCUGCUGUUCGACCGCGAGUGCCGGCGGGUCAAGCUGGCUGACUUCGGCAUGACACGGCGUGUGGGUUGCCGGGUGAAGCGUGUGAGCGGAACCAUCCCCUACACGGCGCCGGAGGUCUGCCGGGCCAGCCGGGCCGACGGCUUCCUCGUGACCACCAGCUUGGACGUGUGGGCGUUUGGCGUGCUGGUCUUCUGCAUGCUGACGGGAAACUUCCCCUGGGAGGCCGCGCUGCCUUCCGACGCCUUCUAUGAGGAGUUCCGGCGCUGGCAGAGGGCGGGGUGCCCCACCAGCGCCUACCCGUCCCAGUGGCGGCGCUUCACGGACGACGCCCUACGCAUGUUCCAGAGGCUUCUGGCCGCCGAGCCGGAGAAACGCUGCGGAGUGAAGGACGUGUUCUGCUUCGUCAAGUACGAGCUGGUCAGCGAGCUGCGGCGCCGGGCGUCCUGCCGGGCCAAGAGGAGCGAGAGGUCCAGCUCCGGCGUGUGUCCUGGGAGCUGCGUGACCUCCUCGUCCUCCUCCUCGUUACGCUCCUCCCACAGACACCCGGAGCCCUCCACGCCGCCGGGGACGGCCUGCCUCCGCCCGGCGCCGCUCAAGCGGAGCGUCCUGUCCGAUCCGCUCUCCUCCAGAGACGACUCCGGCCAGCACCACUCGCCGGGCCGAGACAAGGCCAAGAGCCAGAUGGUGAUGGCGACGGCCAUCGAGAUCUGCGUUUGAGGGCGGCAGGAAGAGCGGCGGGGUUUGCGGGCGUUUGCCGAGAUAAGUGACGAAGAGACGAGAGCUUUUUGAAGAGAACCACGUGCACUGCCUUGAACUCAGCCCCGUAUCGAAUCUUGAUGCCAUCGAGAUAAACGUCAUCACUCAACUCACGCUUUCUCCUUUGGACAAGCCAUUUUCAGCGCACACGUUUGUCAUUUUGAUUUGCAACCCACCGUUUACAGUUCUGGUGAGGCAAUGUUGACAAGUGCGCUGUUGCUUUGCUGAGCCAUUUGUCAUUUUUCUUUGUUGGAAAACAAAAUAACCAUCCUAAUGAUUCUAAUUUUACAAACAAGACUCACCAUUUCAAGACUGUCUGUUAGAAAUGUUUAGUCCUUUCUGCCAUAACCCACCUUCCUUUCCCUAAAUCCCUCUUUCUCGAUCAUCUAUCUAUUUAUAAAAUUGCCCCAGGGAGGCCUAUGUGACAGCUGGUCAGGUGACGUGCUAUGCUAAACUUAGGCUAAGAAAAAUGGGCCAAUGAUCUUUAGGCAUUUGAUCUCGACUACAUUUGAUGGACACAUAACAAAACAACUGGAACUCUAAUGCUGUAUCCAAAGUGUAAAAAGUAAAAUUGAAAAUUGCUCUCAAGAAGGGACAAUGUGAAUCAAUGUGAACCCCACAUGUAGCACUAACUGUUGGGAUCCUGCUGUCAGACAACAUGCUCUCGGGGCACAUCAGCAGGUCACUUCCUGUCUCAAAGGUUGAGAGUAAUAGGUGACUUCCUGUUUAAAAUAACCAUUAAAAAAAAAUAUCUAACUGGCCUCUUCCAAAUUAAAUGCAUUUUAGAGACAUUCAAAUGUUAGGAAACUGUUCCUGAAUACAGGAAUGGUUUCUUUUAUACCUAUCAUGUGUGGAUAUGGGUGUAUGGUCAUGAGCGUUUGAACAAAUAAAGCACAAGUUCUUUGUAACGGGAGUUAAUCGCUAGUGGAAAAAUCUACUUUAUACUGUAAAUAUUGAAUAUGUCAAGCGGUGCACUGUAAUGUCAGGUAGUUCAAUCAUGUAGCUCUUCCAGUUUUUCUACAGCUGGGAUUGGGUGACAGGGUUCUAAGUUCAUUGUCUGAACAAUGCGCUGUAUGUAGCAACAGAGAAACACAAAGUAUGUACAGUAUACAAAAUAUAAAGAUAUAUGAAAAUAUGUUAUAGUGGUUAGAUUCACAAUGUUAGGUGGUGGAGUGUAGCAAAGACUGUGUGGGUGAGACCUGACCAAGGAUCAUUAAAGCACUGUACUGUAUAACACUGAUAUCUCCAAGCUUGAUUCACGGGUGUUGGUCAUUCCUGCUGUCCACCUUGCCAGACCCAUAGAUGUAUAUAAAGGGU